AUGUGUGGGGGAUGGACAAGGCGUAAAACAAAAGAAAUUCUAAGGGUAGUCUCUAUUAUCCUCCCGAGCAUAUUAGACUCGAGUCCUCUAUUUACCAAUCUCAACACCGCCAGUGGCACCGAGAAUGCGCUUGAUGUCACCGUAGAUGGCGAACUGACCGGCAGUGAUGGAGCCAACCAUGAAGAGACGGGCACCAAUACCACCGUAAGAGCCACGGAUACCGAGCUCCUUGGCGAUCUUGAUGAGACGGGUGACAGUACCCUCACCAGGGGCACCCUGGGUCUUGUUGAUCUUGGAGAGCAUGGUGUCGGCGGGCUGGGAGAUGAUGGCGGCGGCGAGACCGGCGAUGAGACCGGAGCCGAGGUUGAUACCGGUCUUGCCACUGUCGGAGAGGGUCUCCUUGUUGACGCGGGCGAGGAUGGCCUCGGAGACCUUCUCGAAGACGACGAACUUGACCAUGGUGUAGGGGACCCUGGGAACGUUGAGUUAGGGUGGAGUCUUUUGACAAAGUAUAUUGUGGGGAAAUGA